UGUUGACGUCAUAUCCGCUCUGGGCGGCAGCAGCAACAGCAGCAGCUUCAUUCUCAGAAACUGACAACAAGCGAAGCGAGAAAAACAGAGCGAAAUCUGCAUCCAUCCUGUCGAGUUUCUCCAUCCGGUGGAAAUAUAUCGAUACUUGCAAACAGAGGUGACGGUCGAGCGUUAAAUCGAAUCUGACGGUACUGAGGAAGAGGUGCAAAGAAAAAUUUCCAUACUCGAUGACAUUACAUCGCAAUGUCCGAUCGUUUGGGGCAAAUUACCAAGUCCAAGGAUGGGAAAAGCAAGUAUUCAUCACUCAGCCUAUUUGACAAGUACAAGGGGAAGUCAAUAGAAACUCAGAAAACCACAGUUGUUGCACGUCAUGGCUUACAGAGUCUUGGUAAAGUGGCCGCAGCCCGGCGAAUGCCUCCUCCCGCUCACCUGCCGAGUCUGAAGUCUGAGAGUAAAGGAAACGAUCCCAACGUGAUUAUCGUGCCCAAAGACGGUACAGGAUGGGCAAACAAGCAGGAUCAACCCGAUCCAAAGAGUUCCGUUGCAUCAUCAGCACAGCUGCCGGAGCCGCAGCCGCCGCUGGCUUUACAGAAAUCUGUGUCCAAUCUUCAGAAGCCCAUGCCAAUAACCAGCCCGGAGAGCACAAGUACAGGUGGACCAAAGCAAUGGGCACAGCUCAAUGGAAAGGCAGUCGAUCAAGAUGGUUUAAAGGUCUCAAGCCGACUGCAGCCCUUCUCUCACGAGGAUUUUCCGACGCUGAAGGCAGCAGGAGAACAGGACAAAGUUGGCAAGGAAAGAAGCGUCUUCGAUCCGUCGUAUGGGCCCGGACCAAGCCUCCGCCCGCAGAACGUGUCGAGCUGGAGGGAGGGUGGAGGGAGGAAUCUGCAGCCUCCAUCUCUGUCCUCUGCUCCUCCGGGCGACACCGACACCAAGAGCAGCGGCUCAGUGGAGGCUCCACUUCCUCCUCCACCCUCCACUUCCACCUCCACUUCCUCCUCCGCUUCCCCCGCCGCUUCCUCUUCCUCCACUGCCGCCGCCGCUGCUCCGUCCUCUGAAGUGAAGGAGCCAUCGCUGCGUCCCGCUCCACCCCUGACCCGCAGAGCUGCUCCACCUGCUCUGCAGUACCAGCACCACACCACCACCACCUACCACGACAUGCUGCCCGCCUUCAUGUGUCCUAAAGAGACGCGUGAGGCCCCGGGCUCCUCUGACGGCCCUGCCGCUGUCGUGGCUCCUGUACGAUUCGACUCCAGACCGAUCUUCAGACCGCCGUUUCCUGCGCCGGAGCCCGUCAACGGUGAUGUACGAAGAGAGCCCCGUUUCCCCAGAGCCCCCCCACGACCCUCAUCUCGCCCCAUCCGGCGGCCUGGUGACAGGGCGCCUCGUCCUGCCAUCAUCAACCCCGACGACCUGAAGGACCUGGAUGAGCUGGAUAAUGACUGUGAGGACGGCUGGGCAGGUCUCCAUGAGGAAGUGGAUUACAGUGAGAAACUGAAGUUCAGUGAUGAUGAGGAAGAUCACGCCCCGCGGGAGAAGAGCAAGAUCUGGGACGACUGGGAUCAUCAUCAUCACCAUCACCAUCUUCAGGGCCAGCAUUCCUCUCAGAGUUCAGGAGACGGAGCGUUCCCCCAGGAGCCCGAAGACGAGCCGUAUUUACGCCAGCAGGAGCCUCCGGCCUCCAGGAAGACCAGCACACGCUUCCCUGCAGAACCACAGCAGAAGGCCAGUGUGAACAGUGAGUCUGCAGAGGAGCAGGAUGAGCCCCAGCGGUCGGCUCCUCCUCGAGGGAAGUUCGUCUCAGCAGACGUCUCGGCGGUGGAGCGAGCCCGUCGGCGCCGCGAGGAGGAGGAGCGCAGGGCUCGAGAGGAGAGACUGGCGGCCUGCGCUGAGAAACUCAAGAAACUGGAUGAGAAGUUUGGCAAAACGGAGAAACCUGCUCGCUCUGGAGAAGCAGACGGCAAGGAGCUGGCGCAGUCUCCCGCUCGCAGAUCCGCAAAACCCCAGCAGGAUGGCUGGCAGUACGGCUCCAAAGAAGUGACGGACACGCCAGCGGAGUCAGCCUCCAGUCAGGAUUAUAAAGAUGAAGGCUGUAACUUCCACAAUAAUGAUGAUGAGGAUGAUGAUGGUGGCGAGUCCACGUCUCCUGUGCCGGAGUACAGCCGACAUCAGAAGCCUGUGCCGCCACGCUUCCAGAAGCAGCAGCAGCAGCAGGAGCAGGUGUAUAAGCUGGCGUCGUGGCAGCAGUCGGCUCACCCAGCUCAGCCCAGCUCUGCUCACCCGCAGCGGGGCUUCUACCCUCCUCAUGUGCUGGGCUUCGACCCACGCUGGAUGAUGAUGCCACCAUACAUGGACCCCCGGCUGGCACAGGGCUGCUCUCCUGUGGACUACUACCCUCCUGGAGUCCACUCAUCAGGUUUGGUGAAGCCUGUAAUUCAGCCGGAUCACCUGAACAGUCCUGGCUCCACCUCGGAUGAAGGCUGCCACCCCAGCAUGCAUCAGGAGAGGAGAGCGCCGUCCACCGAGCCCUAUCAAGUGUGGAACCAGGACAGCUACCCCUCAGCGCGCAGUUUCACCCCGCCGUAUCAGCGGACGCAUGAGAACGGGGAGAGAGCUCCAGCGGACGACAGGAGCGACAGAUCCACAUCCAGACACGACUCUUAUGAAGAGCACAGACACGAGCGCACGGACAGCCCAGCCGAGGAAACAACACACCAGGGUUUCCGGCAGGGCAGAGUGUCAGACGGGUCCCAGCGAGAACCCAUGAUGCUCAGCAGGACUCAUGAUGAUGCUCAACACCAGAAAGAGGAGCCCUACGACAGCAAGGAGAAAAGCUAUGAGGCUGAUUUCUGGAGGCGAGACGUGCGGAAGGAGAGCAGCGGUCAGACGCAGUGGUCCGAUCACGGCUCCAGCAGCAGCAGCAGCAUCAGUCAGCCCUCCGAGACCAGCGGCAGAACCCUGCGCAGAACCGGACCCAUCAAAAAACCUGUGCUCAAGCCUCUGAAGGUGGAGGAUAAAGAGAAUGAGAAGCCCAAAGCGGAGCCUGAGGAGAAGCCGGUCCCCUACAGGCUGGAGAAGGAGGUGAUCACCAAUGUGUACGACCUGAAGAAAGACGCUCCGCACGUUUCAAACAGACACUCCAGCAGCGUCGAAGACAAACAAGCAGACGCUCUGAAGAUGGAGAAAACCAGCGCGUUAUCUGAAGAGCUCCACAAGGAGAGCUGCUGGGAGAAAUCCCAAUCCGACUGCUCCGACAGCAGAGAUCCGACCGCUCCGAGGCGCAACAACUGGAUCUUCAUUGAUGAGGAGCAGGCGUUCGCUGGAGCACGCGGUCGAGGACGGGGACGUGGCUUUCGGGAGUUUAAUUCUCGCGGAGGCGGAGCUCGUGGAGGACGCAGCGACACUAAUAGAGGAGCGUACAAUAAUAACAACAACAACACGGGCGCUCAGAGACUCACACGAGGACGCGGAAACCGAGUGUUUAGAGGGGACGAUCUGCAGAGGGGAAAACCGCGCAGACGAAACGUCAGCGAAACGCACAGCGAAACCUCCGAGUACGAAGAGCAGCCCAAACGUCCUCGGCAGAAGGUGUCGGAGAACGGCGGAGAAGCGUCAGGAGAGGUUAAAAAAGCCGACAGGGAAUCCUGGAGAUCCAAUAAAGUCUACACUGACGAUCAAAGCGAGAAACCCAAAUCUAGAGUGUUCGGGCGUUCGUUCCCGCCGCGCCUCAAUGCCGCGUAUAAUCGCGGAUUCACCGGAACCAGAGAUAUUUCAACGUGGAGAGGAAGAGGAACGCAAUUCGGGAGUUCCUCCAGUCAGGAAAACGGCUACAAUUUCGUUGCGGACUCUUAUUCGAAGCGCACCGAGCCGCUGAAGUAUCCUGCUAAAUUCACGGGCACGUUUGCGGAGAACGGCGUGGAGGAUCGUGACGGAGGAUAUUAUGUUGAUGAUAAUCCGGAUAAUCGUCCGCUGAGGAGAAGGCGUCCACCACGGCAGGAUAAACCUCCACGGUUCCGCCGUCUGCGUCAGGAGCGGGACGGAGCGGGAGCCUGGAGUAAUGAUGACUACGUGAACGGAGAGUUUCCCAAUCAGUGGCCGAGCAGAGCGAAGAGUGCGGAGGAGCACUGGCAGAAUCACUACCCUGGAGGACGCUCGCAGUCACAGGAGAUGACGGCUCAGAGUCAGGGUGAGGACUGGGAAACGGGUUCAGACAACAGUGAUUUCGGUGACUGGCGGGAGAAGCGAGGGCCGCACGGGGAUCCGCUGACAGACGCGGCUCUCGGAGAUCCGGGAUCUGAGAAGAGAGAACUCUCCAAACGCAGCUUUUCCAGCCAGCGGCCGCUGGACCGACAGAACCGCAAGAAUGACGUGUCUGUGAUGGAGAACAGCAAGAUGGGCCGUCCGGCAGAUGCAGGAUCCAGAAACGACAGCUGGCAGAAUGGAGUCGCGUCCGGCAGCAAACGAUCUCCAGAAGAGUCUGUCAGCGGUCUGAGCUCUGCGUCGGUGUACGGUGUGGAGCAGAACGAAGACCGCAGCACGCCUGAGCCCACAGGGAAGAUCAUAGAGAAAGAGUUGAAGCCCAGAAACAUGAAGGCGGACAUGACUGAACCGCUGUCCCAGUACGACCUCAACACUUACUCGAUUGAGAGUGACUCUGGAGCGUCGGUUCCCAGUCCAGAGGUUUUCCAGGAUUCUCUGUCUAAAAAGCAGCGCCGUCCGCAGGAGGACGAGCGCAGGAGGAAGGAGCAGGGCCCUCCGAGUUCAGUAAAGAGCAGAACAAUUGCUUCAAAGAUGCCUCCGCGGUUUGCCAAGAAGCAGGGCAGCAUGUCCAUGGAGCAGCCGGAGGAGACGCUCACCGCAAACAACCUGGGAACUGAGAUCUGGGAGACCAACAGCACAGCUCUGACUGUGCAGUCGUCAGGAGGCGAUUCCUGGACUAAACAGGUUUCCUACACGGGGAGCGAACCCAACUCAGAGGAUUCAGAUGCGGGACCGGAGCAGAGUAAAGAGCACAAGCCUGGUCCGAUCGGGAAUGAGCGCUCGCUGAAGAACCGGAAAGGCUCAGAGGGUCUGGAGCGCCUGGAGGGAUCCAUCACUCCCGUUAACGGCGUGGAUAUUCACGUGGAAAACGUCAUUCCUGUGCCGCCCAUCGAGUUCGGCGUCAAUGCGAAAGAUUCAGACUUCAGCCUUCCUGCAGGAUCUGCAGCCGUGCCCGUCUCCAACCCCGUCUCCAAACUGCAGGACGCCCUCGCCGGGAACGCGGGCCUGACUCAAGCCAUCCCGAUGCUGCGCAGAGAUCACCUGCAGCCCGCCAUUACCCUGAACCCCAUCAGCUUCCCCUCCGCUGACCUCACGCUCAAGAUGGAGUCCGCCAGGAAGGCGUGGGAGAACUCUCAGGCUGUGCCGGAGCAGGGGUCUCCAGGCUCCGGCUCUUCAGCUCAGCCGGUCUGCAGUGUGGGCUCCUCCAGCGUCAGCUACAGCUCCUUCUCCAUGCCACCCAUGCCUGUGGCGUCUGUGGCCCCGUCCGUCUCCAUGCAGGGCAGCCACAUCCCUCCUCUGUAUCUGGAUGGUCAUGUGUUUCCCAGUCAGCCUCGUCUGGUGCCGCCGCUCACCCAGCAGCCCAGCUACCAGCAGGCGACCCCUCAGCAGAUCCCCAUCUCUCUGCACACGUCUCUGCAGGCUCAGGCUCAGCUGGGUCUGCGUGGAGCUCUGCCCGUCUCUCAGUCACAAGAGAUCUUCAGCUCCAUCCCUCCAUUCAGGUCUCAGGUGUACAUGCACCCUAACCUGUCCCAGGCGAGCCCCAUGGUGCUGUCGGGUGGAGCUGCUCUGAAAGGGCCGUACUCCGCCUUCCCCGGCCUGCAGCCCUCAGACCUGGUCAAAUCUCAGUCCGGAUCCCACUACCAGCCCAUCAACGGCAGCACGCCACUGGUGUACGACCAGCCCACAGGCAUGAGCACCUCACAGCUGAUGGACUCGCAGCUCAUUCAGGUGACGAUGCCGAUGCCAGGCUCUCAGCUGCGCUAUGGUUCAGCCCAGCAGCACCUCAUCCUCCCGCAGUCCAUCCAGCUCCAGCAGAACCAGAAUCUGUCUGUGGGAGCUCCACGCCGCAUGAUGCCCCCAGGGUCACAGCCAGUGCUAAGCGGCAGCAGAGAGGUUUCACAGAUGGACAUGAAAGGCUUUCAGUUCUCAGAUAAACCCAGCCACUCUCCUGGAAUACCCAGCGGCUCAUACAGGCCCGGCUCUGCCAGCCCCAGUGGGAAAGCGUCGGGUGCUCCAGCGGUGGCGUCUCUUGCAGGACACUACACACAGCAGGUGUCGGGUCCUCAGGGCAGUAUGGUGAUGCACAUGCGUCCCCCCAGCAGCGGGCCCUUCCCCACCCCCAUCCAGCGGCCCAUCAUGCAGGUCAACAAGCCCGUGAUCAUCCGCUCCCCGCCGUACCCCGGCCCAAACACCGGCCCCGCACACACACACGCACACACACACAACCCUGAGGGCCCCGGCAAGGGCCCGGAGGACGGCCUGAAGGUGAGCCACCCACUCUGAGCAUAGGAGUGUGUGGCGUCAGCAGCACCAGUGAAAGCGUCAGCGUCUCGCAGCGGAGCCAUCAAACCACAGCCGCUCAAACUGGAGGAGGGAAAAGCCUGACCUGCAGGACUUCCUCAUCCCGUCUCUCUCUCUCUCUCCGGACUCACAGGACCACCAACCAAUCAGAUCACAGUAUCAGCCAUCACAUAGAGAAAUCUCCAUAUCUAUCUAUAUAUAAAAGUCUACUCUAUAUACACACAGACACGCUGGUGUUGGACUGUCCGCUGGGUGCAGAUUCCACAAGACCGCCUUUAUUUAUUUACAUCCUCCAGUGCAGAAGAACGGUUCCUCCGCAAGCCCACAUCACACAGCAACAGGAAGUGCAGCUCACGCAUUGCCACGCCCACAUUGCCAAACUGAGCCAGCUGAUUGGACUCGAGGUUUUGAUUGACACAUGCUCCGGAGCUGCGGUGUGUGUGUGUGUGCGCGUGUGUGUGUGUGUGACAUUGGUCAUUUUUACUGGGUACCAUGGAGUUUUAACGUUUAUUUUUUUUCUUUUUUUAAAUAUAUAUAUAUGAAUACAGUAAUCAUGCCCAUCUGCUCUAUUAUUAUUAUUAUUAUCAUUAAAGAACACCUUUUAUUCAAUAAAAAACAAACUUCAACCCAGA